CAGAGCAGGAGCAGGAGGAGGAGCGGCUGGACAUGGGGGAGCCGCAGCGCAGGCCCGCAUGAUCGAACGCGCUUUAGGAGCACCCACCGGGGGAGCGCACACAAAGCCGCCGAGCAGCCGACCCGCCCGGACCCAGCCCACAGAAUUCCGCUCGCGCUGAUGGACUGAGGACAGAUGAAUGAAGACUGCCUACAAUAACGCCUAUCGAUGCCUGGCCAAGGACCUGGACGCGUACGCCAUGAACACGGACAUGACAAUGGACGGCAUUGGCAGCCUGCAUGGCGGGGUGUCGGUGAGCUCCGUGGCCGCUGACGCGGAGCUGAUGAGCGGCCACAAUCCGCACCACGGCCGCGGGAGCUCGGCGGCGGCAGCGGCGGCUGCGUCCACCCUGCGGAUCCAUCAGGACCUGGCCGCCGCAGCCGCGUCAUCCCGCUCCGCCAUGGUGUCCGGCAUGGCCACGAUCCUGGACGGCACCGGGGAGUACCGGCCGGAGCUGUCGCUGCCACUGCACCACGCCAUGAGCGUACCGUGCGACACGUCCUCUCCCGGGAUGGGGAUGAGCGGAACAUACACCACCUUAACGCCGCUGCAGCCGCUGCCGCCCAUCUCCACCGUGUCCGACAAGUUCCACCACCACCACCAGCGGCUCUCCGGGAACGUCAGCGGGAGCUUCACGCUCAUGCGGGACGAGCGGGGACUGCCGGGCAUGAACAACCUGUACAGCCCGUACCACAAGGACCACAUGUCCGGGAUGGGUCAGAGCCUGUCCCCGGUGCUGAGCAACGGCCUGGGCUCCAUCCACAACACCCAGCAGGGGCUCCACGGCUACGGCACCGCGACCCACGGAGGCCACGACAAGAUGCUCAACUUCGACGCGCACCACACCGCCUCCAUGCUCGCCAGGACGGACCACCACCAGCACCGGGGCCUCGGCGGCCCGGCGGGCGGGAUGAUGCCGCAUCUAAACGGUAUGCAUCACCCGGGACACCCGGCCGCGACUUCGGCGGGUCACCACCCCCAGCUUCAGUCUCCAUCCCACGGGCACGUGAUGGCUUCCACACGGGAACGACCGCCCUCCUCCUCGGGGGCGCAGGGGGCGAACGGCGCGGGCCAGCUGGAGGAGAUCAACACCAAGGAGGUGGCGCAGCGGAUCACGGCGGAGCUGAAGCGGUACAGCAUCCCGCAGGCCAUCUUCGCCCAGAGGGUGCUGUGCCGCUCCCAGGGGACCCUGUCGGACCUGCUGCGGAACCCCAAACCCUGGAGUAAACUCAAGUCCGGCCGGGAGACCUUCAGGCGGAUGUGGAAGUGGCUCCAGGAGCCCGAGUUCCAGAGGAUGUCGGCCCUCAGACUGGCAGCAUGCAAGAGGAAGGAGCAGGAUACAGCCAAAGAGCGCAACAACGUGCCCAAAAAGUCGCGGUUGGUCUUCACAGAUUUGCAGCGACGCACCCUGCUAGCCAUCUUCAAGGAGAACAAGCGGCCAUCCAAAGAAAUGCAGCUCACCAUCUCACAGCAGCUGGGGCUCGAACUCACAACCGUCAGCAACUUCUUCAUGAACGCCCGCCGCCGCAGCCUGGACAAAUGGACAGAUGACGGCGCGAGCCCUGGUGCCCAGUCGUCAGUGUCCAGCACUUGUACCAAAGCAUGAUAACGGGGUAGCAUUUGGGUCGGGUGGGUGAGGGAUGGGUUGAGGAUUUCGGGCCAAAGUUUGGUUCACCCAGUGGAGGCAAAGAGGAGCCGCCAGAGUGAAGAGGAAUAACAAACUUUUUAUAAUUUUUUUUUUUUUUUUUAAGGAAACAAACGGAGAGGGGCUGCUCACUGCAACAACCUGUUUUUAGCCAAAACGCCUUUUUUCUAAUUCACAGUAAUCCAUAGUGAAGCUGAAGGGUAAACUGGUCUUUAAACAUGCAAGAUGUUACACUGGUAGACAUUCUGAAGACAGUAAGAUGACGCAGUCAAACAAAUACCAAAGAUUAGAGGAGGAUGAAAGUUUUCUAUUAUGCAAUAUAAGCUAGCGACUGAGCAACCAAAAAACAAAAUAACAACGAAAGCUUACAACUGCAGAAUGAACAGAAAGCUUUAACGCUCAAAGAUCCAAAGAGCAGACAGGCGGUUUGGUUUGAAGUCUUCUGUGUCUAGAAUACAAGUGGAUGAGAUUGCACAGCCAAAUU